AUGGAAGACUCGGAGCCUCGCAAACGAUUUCGUGACCCAUCUGAACUUUCCUUCGAGUCGUCUUUCCUCCGACGAUGCAUAUUAGCUGCGUACUGGGUUGUGGUCUUGCUAGCCAUGCCGGGGUGGUGGCAGACGACCAGCAUCGAACGGCUUUCUCUGCCUACGAGCCAGGUGUUGGCACAGGCGAAAAGAGAGAUAUCGUUCCCCUUGAAUAUUUAUCUCAGUUCAAACGCCGAUGACACCGACUUGAAUGCACUCAGCAGUAAGCUGGAGCAGUUAUUGCAGACUCGAUUGUCAGGUCCAGUGUCUGUCCGCGCUUCCAAAGAUGUGCCUGUUAGUCCGGACUCGGGUUCUUAUUCCGUGAAGUUAACCGGGGAACCUGGCGACGAACUGAGUGAGGAUGGAAUACUCCUCCAUCACUGGGAUACGAGUGACUCGACUGCCACGAAGGCGCUGGCAGAUAAGUUAACUGCCCUCCUUUCGCCAUAUGCCGACACACACGAGCGCGAACACGUCGUAUCCAAAUACGCUUCCCGGUAUCGCAUCGCAUUCACCCUCUUGAACGAAGACGCCGCCUCUGGGAAAUCCGCGCUAAGCUGGGAAAUCCGCAAGGCCCUCUCUUUGCACAUACGCCCGCUCUUGAAACGUCUCGAAUCUCUCCACAACUUCACCAUCGAGUCGCAAGUACAGUACCACGCUCCGCUCGCGUUCUCGCCAUCGGUAGUGUCAGCAAACGGCAGUGAGGUAUACGGCCUUACGCCAGAAGACCUGACGGUCUUCGUCAAUUCUGCCGAAUGGACGUUAUCAUCUGGCGUGACGAAUGACCCCGUGCUACAUCUUUUACUAUUCGUCCCUUCUCCUUCCAGAAGACCCUUGCAUAUCCUGGACAGCGCAGGGGUCCUAACGACCUCUCACUCGUUCAUCCUGCCCCAGUGGGGAGGCGUCACGAUCUACAACCCUCCAGCUGACAUGCAAGAUCACUUCGACUUGACCGCUCGCCAACUCAACAAAAUCGUCCCCAUCUUCCGGAAUCAGCUCUCGUCACUCUUGGGGGUGCCUCGUCUCCCGAAAGGUAUCAAGGCACCUUCACCUGGUUGUUCGGUAUCCUCUUGGCAGAUUGACGCCCUGCUUCGCCGGCGCACGGUCGAGAAUGUGCGGGAGGCCCAGCAGACGCUUGAAAGCAUCGUCAAGCUAGUGGAGCAAAUCGAGAAUAUGCCCGUAGGCAAGGACGUGAAACAAGACGUAGAAGGUGCGCUGCGAGCGCUGGAUCAGGCGUUUGAUGCAGCAACGCUUUCUCCAAAACUGGCGUUCGACCAUUCGAAUGACGCGUUAACACUCGCGUCGCGCGCAUUCUUCAAUCCUGGCAUGCUGGCGUUGCUGUAUUUCCCGCCGGAGCACCGACUGGCUGUCUAUACACCGUUAUUCGCGUCCGCUACGGUGCCCUUGGUUGUUGCUGUGCUCAGGGAAUUCAUGGCUUGGAAGAAGCAGAGAAAAGCUGCCGCUGCUGCUGCACUCCAGGCUCCGCGAGCAUCAUAGCAGGCUGGCAAUAGACAUAUCUCGUGGCAUCGACCAAGCAAGCAGACCCUUACAUUAGCCCUGAUUUGCUUAUUCCUGAGGUAUACACCUGGGCACGUUAUCGGCGGCCCUCAACCAUGAUAAUGUGGUACCCAAAGUUCGUCUUAACCAAAGGUGACAAUUUGGGUUUAUCGACGGUGGACGGUUCGAGGGCAAAUGCUGCAUCUUGGAAGGGGCCC